AUGGCCAGACAAAUUCACAAGGAAACUAGGGUGGUAUCUGAGCCGGUCUCAUUUCCCAGUAUUCCAAAAUUGCAUAGCGUAAGCCGAAAUGCAAACGCAAGAAGAUGCGUUUCCUCAGAUGAGUUUAUAUCACAGUUUAGCAGAGGUAAUAUUAGUGACGAAAAUAGUUGCAAUGAGAUGUGGCAUUCUACAACUUCUAGCAAGCGUAGAAGUCGAAUACGACGAUUUUUCACGAAGCUGAGUGCGAACGGAGAGGGGAAAUCUUCCCGAACUAAAGAAAAAGAGAGAGUUGUUCUUUUCAGCUGUAAGAAAGCGAGAAUUACAGCAUACAAUAUUGAUGGGUGUAAUUCGCAUAUUAAAAGCACGCAAGGCUCGUUGCUUGCCCAGGGAGAAUUUCAGAUAUACGAAUUGGGAGCCAAUCGGACAACAUACUUCAUUUGUGGGCAAGUUGUCCAUCCAGUAAUGAAGUGCCUGAAAAUCUUUAGAGCUGGACCAAAGACUUUUGUGCUGCCGUUAUAUAAUCCGGAAAGAUACUGGAAAAUUGACUUAGAAACUGCUAACUCUAACGAAUUGGCUAUUCUUGAAUGUGUUCUUAGAUGUGUUUGUGAGUACAAGGAUUUAUCCGUUAGUGGCUUUGAUGAUGCUAGUGAUGGUCCGAAAGAUUAUGACUCCAGUUUGGACUCCGAUAAUGCAACGGUCGUUUUAAAUAAGCUUGAUCUUGAUAGUGAUAAAUCUUUGGGCAAUAGUGAGGUUCAGAACUCUGUGGAGUCUGAUUUGGUUGCUUCUGAAGGUGACUACCUGUCUACGAUGAACGAGAAUGAAAGUAUUACAAGAGACACUUCUGCCUCUAUAAUUGUCUCAUCAUCACCUAUUAAUGCAAAAAAGCACGUUGUCUUUCAGCCAAUUCCAUUAAGGCCCAGCUCGGGGGCAUCUAUGGACUCCGUUCUCUCUAAAUUCGAAAGAAUUGAUAUAUGCGCUCCAAAUAGUCAUACUUACCACGAUGAUCAAGUUUUCCAUGACCUAAGAAAGGUUUCCCAUGAUGAUUUAAGAACAGUGGAUUCACCAGAGACAUGUUCGUGGAUGGAUCCGCAAAAUUGCAAGUCUGAGGGCAGAAAUAUCAAUAAGCGGUAUUCGUUGACCUUCAAGAGCAUAAGGCCAAAAUCUGUGUCGAUAACGUUGCCGUUAACAAUCGGGGAGUUGGAGAAGUCCAAAGGCUCUUCCAAUUGUAGGAAGCUAGUAGGAGCGGACAUAGUGAAAAAUUCGCUCAUUGUCGGCAAGUUGAAAGAGGAAAGCCAAAGAAAUGAGCAAGAUCAUAAAGGAAAAAUCAACAGCUGGAGCAGGUUCUUCGGCUGGUAG